AUGGCUUCUUCUACUCCGACUCUUCUGGGCCCACCUUCCGUAUCCGCCGUGGCCGAUACACCCCGCGCCAAACCGGCGAUCAACAACUCGCCGGAAGUCUCUGUUUCCGAUGACAACAGUUUGAUCUCUCAGACAGCUACCUUAAACCUCGGACAAAAGCCACCGAUGGGUCUGACCGAGAAUCUCUCGCCGACUUUUCUCUCCUCUGGAAACCCAUGUCUCGAUUUCUUCUUCCACAUCGUCCCCGAUACUCUCCCCGAUGAUCUGAUCCAAAGGCUGGUCCUUUCUUGGUCUCACGACCCGUUGACUACGUUGAAGCUUGUCUGCAAUCUCCGUGGAGUUAGAGGAACUGGGAAAUCAGACAAAGAAGGGUUUUACACCGCUGCGUUUUGGCUUUACGAGAAUCACCCAAAGACACUAGCUUUGAAUCUCCCUGCUCUUGUUGAUUUUGGGUAUUUGAAAGAUUUGCCUGAGAUUCUGUAUCGGAUCCUUGAAGGUCAACAGAUGGAGAGAGGGAAGAAUCGGGUUUGGAGGAAGAAGAUUCAGAAGAAAUUCAAGAGGAAGGGCAAGAAAAGCUCUGAGAUUUCUGGUGAAAUUGAAGAUCAGAUCCUUGAGAUUGGUGUUCAUGUCGAUAAGAUCAAGGCAAGAGCUUUAAGGAAACAGAGAGAGUUGGAGAAGGCGAAGAAAGCAUUGGAUAGGUAUAACUCUGAUGGUAAUUACAGACUACUCUUUGAUCGAAUUGCGGAUUUGUUUGCUGAUUUGUUGAAAUCGGAUUUGAAGUAUUUGUAUUCGAAUGAGCUGAAUAAGAUUGGUUUAGCUUCGAAAUGGUGUCCUUCUGUUGAUUCUUCGUAUGAUAAGACUACUUUGAUAUGUGAGGCAAUAGCGAGGAGGAUUUUCCCUAGAGAGGAGGAAUAUGAAGGAAUCGAAGAAGCGCAUUACGCUUAUCGGAUUAGAGAUAGAUUGAGGAAACAAGUUCUUGUGCCGUUGCAUAAAGCUCUCGAAUUGCCUGAAUUGUCUAUGAGUGCAAAGGAAUGGAAUUUGUUGAAGUACAAUAGAGUUGCCUCUGUGGCUAUGAAGAAUUACAAGAAGCUCUUUGAGGAACAUGAUAGCGAGAGGUUUACGAAGUUUCUGGAGGAUGUGAAAUCCGGGAAGGCGAAGAUUGCGGCUGGUGCGUUGCUUCCUCAUGAGAUUAUCAAACAGUUGGAGGAUGAUAGUGGGAGCGAUGUUGGUGCUGAAGUUGCAGAGCUUCAAUGGGAGAGAAUGGUUGAUGAUCUUGCUAAGAAAGGGAAGCUGAAGAAUUCGUUGGCGGUUUGUGAUGUCUCGGGAAGCAUGUCUGGUACACCUAUGGAUGUUUGUGUGGCACUCGGGUUAUUGGUUUCGGAACUUAAUGAGGAGCCGUGGAAAGGGAAAGUUAUCACCUUUAGUGAGAACCCGCAGCUUCAUGUAGUCACGGGUUCGAGCCUGAGAGAAAAGACUGAGUUUGUCCGGGAAAUGGAUUGGGGAAUGAACACUGAUUUCCAGAAGGUGUUUGACCGGAUUCUAGAGGUUGCAGUCGAGAAUAGCUUAACAGAUGAUCAGAUGAUCAAGCGGUUGUUUGUGUUCAGCGACAUGGAGUUCGAUAGUGCAACAGGAGUGGAGGUGGAUUACAGUAUGAGUUUGGAGGAACGGUUGAAGACAGCAAAGGAACGGUCCAAGGAGAAGUGGGAAACAGAUUAUGAGGUGGUUCAGAGGAAGUAUAAGAAGAAAGGUUUUAAGAACGUCCCGGAAAUGGUAUUUUGGAACUUAAGAGACUCGUCAGCUACACCAGUGGUUGCUAAUCAGAAAGGAGUGGCUAUGGUUAGCGGGUUUUCGAAGAAUCUACUGACUCUGUUUCUCGAGGAAGGUGGUAUUGUGAAUCCUGAAGAUGUCAUGUGGUUAGCUAUUAAAGGUGAGGAGUAUAAGAAGCUUGCUGUUUAUGACUGA